CGCGCUGAUUGGCUGCCGGCUCCUCAUUUAUAGGCCGUCAAUCAAAGGCCCCCGGAGAAAGGCUCUAGAGGCGAGUGGGUCGGGGGGGACGCACAAGUUUGGGCAGCGGGCUGCUCAAGGAGCCGUCGAGGGUCCCCCUUCAGUCUCUCCAAGGGGCUGCGCUACUGGGAAAGUUGACCAAGGGAAAGAGGCGGACUUGAGUCUCAGCUGCGGUUCUCUUCCUCCGGGCCUUACUUUGCCCCCCUUUGGACAGCCACGCUGGCGCAUCUUCUCCAGGCUCCGGCUAUGUACAGCAUGUUGGAGGGGGAGCUCAAGCCCCCCCAGCCUAACCCGGGAGGCGGCUCGGCAGGGAACGGCGUCCCCGGCGGAGCGGGCAAAGGAGUCGGUGGCGGAGGAGGGGGCGGCGGCGGAGGAGGAGGCGGCGGGAACGGCGCGACCGACCAGGACCGAGUGAAGAGGCCCAUGAACGCCUUCAUGGUGUGGUCGCGGGGCCAGCGGCGCAAAAUGGCCCAGGAAAACCCCAAGAUGCACAACUCGGAGAUCUCCAAGCGCCUGGGAGCCGACUGGAAGCUGCUGAGUGACUCGGAGAAGCGGCCCUUCAUCGACGAGGCCAAGCGGCUGCGCGCCGUCCACAUGAAGGAAUAUCCGGAUUACAAAUAUCGGCCCCGUCGGAAGACGAAGACGCUGCUCAAAAAGGACAAGUACUCUCUGCCCGGCAACUUGCUGGCUACUGGAGGCGGCGGCGGAGGCGCAGUAAGUAGCCCCGUCGGGGUCGGGCAGCGCUUGGACUCUUACGCGCACAUGAAUGGCUGGCCCAACGGCGCGUACGCUUCGCUGAUGCCCGAGCAGCUGGGCUACAGCCAGCACCCGGCCAUGGGCAACACGCAGCUCCAGCCCAUGCACCGCUACGACGUCAGCGGCCUCCAGUACAGCCCCAUCAUGUCGAGCGCGCAGCCUUACAUGAGCGCGGCAGCCUCCACCUACAGCAUGUCCCCCGUGGCCGCAGCCGCCGCCGCCGCUGCCUACGGGCAGCAACCGUCGGGCCACUCCAUGAGCCUGGGGACUAUGGGCUCCGUGGUGAAAUCCGAGCCCAGCUCGCCGCCGCCGGCCAUCGCCUCGCACUCCCAGCGGGCCUGCUUGGGAGACUUGCGGGAUAUGAUCAGCAUGUACCUCCCCCCGGGGGGAGACGCGGCCGACCCCUCGACGCUCCAGGGCACCCGGCUACACAGCGUCCACCAACACUAUCAGAGCGCCGGGACUUCGGUGAACGGCACCGUGCCACUAACUCAUAUCUAGCCGGGCGCCCCCUCGGAUGUCCCCAUGGCCUCGGCUCCCCCAGGGCUCCCCUUGUACCAGCCGGGGAAGAGGGGGCUGCCUCGCAUCUAGCCAGCCGUUUUUGACUGCUCCCCAACGCACGUCCGUGUACAUUUUAGGGGGUCACCUCGCCCCCUUCCCACGAAGCAACUAAUUCGCUUUUAACCAGGUUCUUCUCUUAACUUCCAAGCAACUGAAAUGCGGAGGCGGGUGGGGGGCUGAGCUCAAAGCGGCACAAGCCGAGCUUUCCCAACUAACUCCGUUCAAAAGGAAAUGUGUUGUUGUUUUUUUUAAAAAAAAUGUGUAAAAAGAAAUUACUUGUUUGAAGUUAUAGAGCACAAUUUUACUGCUAACCUGUACAGGAACUGCUAUGAAAGACUUUUUCUUCCCCUCCAGAUCUACAGCGGAGUUCUGAACAAAGGGGAGGGGGCUCUAGCUUUGUGUGUUGGGGGGGGGGCGGAUUUUUUAGAGAUGAGUUCUGAACUGUUCUGAAAAGGAGGAAAGAAAUCGUGCGUUCCGCUUGUCUCAAGUUUAAUGUUUACAGUUUUGAUUGUAUGUGUGGGGGGGGGAUGAAAUUUUGUCUCUUCCUCCUUAAUCCUGGGCUGGAGUCCUCAAUUUUUAAAAUUCUCUAUUUUUUAAAAAAAGAAGUGUUAACUUGAUGUAUGCACCAGCUCCGUUAACUCGCUACAACUUUUAAACUUGGACCCAAGUUCCUUUUUGGAAAGAAAGGGGUUUAACUUCGAAUUAAACCUCGAGGUGGGGUGGGGUGUCAUGCUUGGACCAAGCGGUUCCGAUGGAGCGACUAGGAGCCCGGUGCGAAUGGGGAGUGAAUUCGAAUUGAUGGGUUUUGCAUUCUAAGUGGUGUGAGUUUUCAGGCGAGAUGGAAGGGCUCGGGGGGAGGGGAGGUUUAGGGUUUUCGCUUAUUUGCCCCUGACGCUUGUAUAUUUCUGUAAAUUUGAUUAUUCCCCCCCCUCCUCGCCCGGUGGAACUGUGGAUCUGAGCGUGGAAUAGUUUGGAGAACAUAUCGGUCCUACGAAGCAGCUGUUCUAGCUUUUUAUUUUGUUCGUCUCGGGUUUCUUUGAAGAGAUGGUUCCUCCCCUUGAAGCCAGAACCUUACAAAAGACCAAUAAAUUUUAUAACAUGCCCUA